AUGUCAGUUGCAUCAAAACGUCGUCAUGUUAUUAAAAAAAUACAAAUGGAACUUGUAUUACCAAGUGAAGGGCAGAUGAUUGCACAGGUUUUAUCAUCAUGUGGAAAUAAUUUAUUGGAGGUUGAAGAUGAAAAUUCAGAAAAAUAUUUAGUUAGCAUGCCGUCAAAAUUUCGUAAAUGUAUAUGGGUAAAAAGAGGCCAAUUUGUUGUUAUUGUUCCUAUCAAAGAAGGUGAUCGAGUAAGAGCUGAAGUUGAACAUAUUCUUGAUGAAGAAAAUAUUUUAUAUAUUCGUGAACAUAAACAAUGGCCAGAUAAAUUUGAGGAACAUGCAUUAAAAAUGACAAGAGAAGCUAAAAGAAAUACUAAAGAUUCCAAUUUAGAAAGUCAUUGUGGUAUUGAUGCUGAUAUGUUACCACCCAGUGAUGAUGAUGAUGAAGAAUAUAAUAGUGAAGAUGAAGAAGAAUAUUAUAGUGAAGAGGAUAAUGAAUAUAACCCAAACCGUUCAGCAGCACCAAGAUAA